CGUAAAGAAGCCGUAACGGUAACGGUAACGAGCUCACUAGUAGAUGUUCCAUCCGACGAGCUCGCAUAAUAUUAAUGUCUUCAUCGUCGUUGUCGUUGUCGUCGACGACGCCUACGCUUACUAUCCCAGUUCAACAGCCGACGACAACAGAAACUGAUGCCGGUGCGCAGCAGCCAUCUACGUCAACCACGCUAUAUCUCUUCACGUUUCUCGCUACACUUUUUGUCCUCCUUCUCAUAUCUGCCUCUAUCAUAUUCCGCUCCUUCCUCGUUCGCCGCCGCUUUCGUCGUCGUGUCGAAGGCGCUCUAGCACAAGGAAUCUUUUUUGAGCUACCACCCUCAGGGCUCGGUCUUACUUCACGGUUCAUCGGAGAGAAACCUAGCGUGUAUGAAACGUGGAUUGAACAGGAUGACCUACAGGAGAAGGCACAUUGGCAGGCCAUUAUGCCUGUCACUGCUCUCCUAACACAUAGGGUCGAUCCCGCUGCGGAGCCCCGAUUACCUCAUGAAUCUCCACACCAACGACAACCCUCAUUCCUUGCGCGCUUCAAACAACGCUCUGCAGCUGUCGAUUCACGUCCAGUCGCAGUUAUUCGAGAUGCCUCCCCAGAUGAUACCGUCUCGGUGUGCGUGCUGAUAUCCAUGCCUCACCCAGAUUCCCCAAUGCGCUUCAAGCACUCCUCGGAAGAUCCGGCUGCUCUAUCCAACUCACAAUUAAUUGAUGCCAAAUAUCCAAACCUGGCCGUGACGACAGGGAGGGCCAGUGAUGAGGAAGGCGUCCCAAACGUUGUCUUUGGUGUCGCCGAGCUGCCCGUGCUGGGUGGCUGGGCAGAAGCAAAAGUGGCGUAAUGUUUCAGCCAUGCACUUUCCCUGAUAUGACAAACAUGAUACUACUAUGGUAAUGUGGAACGGCAUGGAUUUUAACUUUGCAUCGUACUGUAUUCACGUCAAGCUUGGCUUUGUACUCUUACUACCACUUACCCACACACCGUGAUACUUACCCUCCCAGCUAUGUAUGUAUAUUUUACAUCGGAAGUCCGGAUUAUUCUGUGCCCUGUGUUAUGUCAUACCCUCGACGUCUUUUGUCUUGCCCCGCCCUUAUCUGUCGCAUAGACUCAGAGCCCUAGUGCUUCCUAUGUAUGUUUCUGUGCCUUGGUGCAAAUAAACGCAUCAUCACGCAGGCUAUAAUUGACCAUAUGAUCUACUGAGGGAUUGCAUCCCAAAACGUCU